AUGGCCAGGGUGAUCCUGCGAGGGGUGCUGAAAUAUCAGGAGCCUCUCCUGAGGCGGACCCAAGCCCAGCCCGAGCCCCGGAAUGGGCCCUGUCUGUGUGUCCGUGGUUGCUGGGGCGGUGUUCCCUGCAUCGAGGCCCCAGCGGAUCCCGUGCAGUGGGGGCCAGUGCCCCCUAGGCGAGCGAAGACAGACCUGUCUCAGAAAUCUCCCCUGGACUCCGCUGAUGGGCCCAUCUGUCUGGCCAAUGAGCAGCACCCGGUGGCUCAGGGCCACCCCAGGCUCGGCCAGGCCCAAAGGGGGGAAGGGGGGCCGGGCCGAGGGGGCCGUCCAAUCGGGGCGCAAUCGGGGCGCGCCGGGCCGGGCCGGGCCGGGCCGGGCCGGACCGGGGCGGACGGGCGGCCGGCCGGCCGGCGGACCCAGCAGGAGGCGGCCCAGCCCCGGACCCCGAUGGAGCGUCCGGAGGAGGCGCUCCCGGCGCCCGGCCCUCCGCGGCCCCCUUUCCUCCGGGUGCCCCCGCCCAGCCUGGGCUACGGCUCGUUCCGCGGGCGCGGCUCCCCCAGCCCGGACCCGGCCCCGGCCCCGGCCCCGGCGUCCGAGCUGUCCCGGCGGGAGGGGCCCGCCCCCGCCCCGGGCGGGGAGCUGAUCCUGCCCCUGUCCCCCGGGCUGGUGAGGGAGCUGUCCGAGCCGGGGCCCGGGGCCCGGGGCCCCCUGGAGCUGCGGGUGGACGUGCGGGUCAGGCCGGCGGCCGGGCCCCCGUCCCCGGCCCCUUCCCCGUCCCCGUCCCCCACCCCCACCACCCGCUUCUUCUCCGUGCCGGUCCCGGUCCCGGGGCCGGACUCGCCCACCUUCUCCUCCCGGGGCGCGUCGACGCCCACGCCUUCCCCGGGCAGCACGUGGGGCCGCGGCCCGCACCCCCUGGCCGGGCUCGAGGGGCGGGGGGCCGCCCGGGAGGGCCCGGGGGGCUGCCGGUGCCGGGAGCUGGGCCCGGAGGACAAGGACGGGGCCAAGGCGCUACCCCCCGCCUGGGCCCACGAGGAGAAACUGAGCAAAGCCAUUGCGCUCAUAGGGCUGCCCAUGUACAUGAAGUCCCUCCGCUGGGCUCUGGCCCUCAUGGCCCUGCUUUUUGCUGUGGCUGUGAUCACCAUCACUGCCCUGGCUUCCCGAGCCCCCCAAUCAGGGAAGGGCUGCAGGCCAUGCUCGGCCGGCUGGCUGUGGGCAGAGGACCGGUGCUACUUCUACUCCAGCGAUGCCCAGGAUUGGGCAGCCAGCCACGAAUUUUGCUCUGCCCAUGGUGCAGCCCUGGCAGUGCUCACCCGGCCUAAGGACUUCCUCGGGCAGUUCCAAGCCUUUGGGGGGCCCUACUGGUUGGGGCUCCGACGCAGCCCGACCGGGUGGCGAUGGGAGGAUGGUUCUCCGCUUCCUCCUGACCUCCUCCCAGAGAUGGGUGGAGAUGAUGAGCCUCAAGGGCUAGGCUGUGGCGGCCUGGAGGAUGGGAAGAUUGUGGCGCUGGACUGCGCAUCCCCCACACGCUGGAUCUGUGUCAGGACUUCUCAGUGACCCUGACUCAGGGCCCGGGCUAAAGUCCGAGUUCCCUGAGCAGCCGAGCAGCCAGCAUCAGCACUUGUGGACUGUUGACUUUAGCCUUGCUUCUACCCCCAGUGUACAUAAGCGUCAUCAGUGAGACACUCCAUUAUUCAGUCCCAUGCCACUACUUGUAAGUAUCUCUAUGUCUUCCUUGUGGGCAGGGAAUGUGCCUCUGUGCUUCUGGUGUACUUUUCCAAGUGCGUACUACAGUGCAUUGCACC